CGUAUUUCGACUGUAAAACCUCCCCAAGGUCUGUCACCGUAAUGAAAGACACACGCGCGUGUGGUGCGACUACGUCGAGUUAUUGACUUGGCACCGCUACGGUUAAAAGAUGCAGCCAAAUCUAUGCGUGUGUUCCUAUGUGGCGGCAGUGGUUGUCAUUAUGUCGAGUGUUGCAUACUGUUAUCCCAGAAAACAUUUAUCACAGGACACUCAGCCUGACGCAGCAUAUUUUUAUGAAGAUGUAUAUGAUAAAAGAGGGCCCCUAGAAGACCCCGUCCUGUAUAUGUCGCCGCGGACUUACCAACCUCUGGAACAUUUCAUAAAACGAGGCUACCAAAGCAAACGGUACAGUUUGAAUGACCUGAUUGCCCGACUUCGAGCUAUGGUAGGGAGUGACGAAAUACGUCAUUCCGGAAGAUCGUCAUAUCUUCGAUUCGGCGCAGGCGGCAAAAGAUGAUAAUGACAACGGAGAAAAAACUUAUUUUUAUUGGAGAUAUUGCUAUGUUAAAAAUUACAGCGUAAUGAACACAAACACAUAUUUAUUUCAUAUCUAACUUUUAUUUGGAAGUAUUUCACACUUCAAUGACUAUCUUCUCUACCAUCGUGUCUGUGCAUUAUCUAUUUUGGGGGAAAACCUUUUGAAAACAUAUUCCAUUGACGUAGAAAGAUAAAACUAAAGGGUGUGUUUAAAAUAGUAUCGGAUGCUGUGUCGUGUAUACAGCUCACUUUCUCCCUAAAUCAAUAAAAUGCAGAUUUUAUUUGUG